AUGUGUAUCCAUAGGUUUACGCUGUAUAUAUACAAUGCGGUUAUUAUAUCCCAGGCAUUGGUUAGGGUACCGUAGUACUGCCGGCCGCAUUAGUGCCAAGGCUUGGCACGUCGGCUACCGCCGACUGUCUACUUCAACGUCACUGGAUUCCUCUGUUAAAAAUCGCAAUUCUGGUGGUAAAGGUCUUAUUCUAGGCAUAUCAGCGCUAUGUGCAACUGCUGCUUCGGGUUAUAUGUUUUACGAUGCCUUGAACAUACCACCGUGUGUUAAGGCUGCCAUCGUAGAGAUUCGUACCAACAAGACUAUAAGGGAGCAUUUGGGCGAUCGCAUAACUCUCAGGAGUGACUGGACUGUUGAGGAGCGUGGCGAUCGUGCUGUUGUUCGUGUAAACGCCUCGGGUAACAAGUCUGGUGGUAUGUUUACAUGUUUGUUAUCUCGUUCUGAAACUGGUUGGAACAUUGUGACCGUCGACAUGAUAUAUAACGAGCCUCGACCGGCUACAGAUACACUUAAUUCAGCACCUGUUUACGAUGCUCUUGAUAAAGCUGGUGCCAAGUAGUACAUUACCUUGUGU